AUGAGAAACCUGGACUCGAUCGAGCUCGGCAACGAACCCAACUUCUACACCAAUAGCGACCCGAUCGCUGGUGGCACCUGGAACGCAGCUCGGGACCGUGCCAGUCAGGUUGAAUGGCAGAGGGCCUUGGCCAGCAAUCUGACAACUUCCAGCAUCAUCUCCGCGGGCGUCUUCUUUGGGACAGACAAAUUCAACAAUGCGAAUCUGGCCAGAGAGGAAGGAAACGCGAUGGCAGCUGUCAAAAAUUUCAACUCGCAUAAUUACCCACAGUGGGCAGGGACCUACAAUUUGGCAAGACUCAUGAGCCAUAGCGCGAUUGCGACACAGAUUGCGCCCUUCAAGGCUGAGGCUGCGGCAGCCAGAGUUGCUGGCAAGGACUAUAUCAUGGGGGAGACAAACAGCGCAACCCAAGGAGGGGGUGGCAUAAGCCCAACAUUCGGCGCCGCUUUGUGGAUCGUAGACUAUGUGGCCCAGUCCCUAUUAUUGGGCAUCAAGUCUAUCUACUUCCACCAGGGAACUAUCGGAAACUGUCAGUACUGUUGGUGGGGCAGGUUCAGUAUGGGAAACCCUUAUUAUGGGGCUUACUUCAUCACGGCGGCCCUGGCAGAAGCACAAAGAAUUGCUCCGUUGGAUAGCUUCUUGAAUAACUUUGGGGGAUACGCCAUCUACAAGGACAACAAGCCCAUCCGAAUCUUGCUCAUCAACUCCAACUACUACGAAUCGGGGACCAGAUCGAGAGAAAGCUUCACGUUGACUGGACUGCCUUCCGGCCUCACGAGCGUCCUGUCCAAAAGACUGACUGGGAGUAGUGCUACUUCUAGAUCCGACAGGUCUAGUCCCGCCACCUUUGGUGGUCAGACUUUCCAAGACGGAACGUGUGUGAAGCAAGGAAUCGAACAGGUGGAGGAGGCUAGCGUGGGAGCGGGGAGUGUUACGUUGAGCUUGGCCGCGUCCGAGGCAUUGCUGGUGUACCUGUGAAGACGCUCCUCGAGAUUUUCUCGUGAAAAUUGCUCGGGAAAUUCAUCCGUGGCGGGUGAAUGUGUCAUAGGAGCCAUGUCAUGACAAAUGCAUCGUUGGAUGAGAUGCUGUAAAUACACCGAUGCUGGUGCACGUUCCUACCUACUGAGAGACAGGUACGACUGAUAUAACUACCGCGAGAGCACCGAGUGGUUUGUAUCAUACGUUGUAAAGUAGAAAACAGAUACGAUCAGCAGCUAAGCUCAAGCUUGCUAUGUGUUGCAGAA